UGGACGUAAUUAACGUCAUAAUGCAUUUUCUUUCUUAUUAAAUGGUCGAAACAGCUAAAAUAUUAAAUUAAAGAGCCACUAGACCAAAAAUAUUCUUUUAAAAUCUAUAAACUAUUUUCUAUUAGAAGUUUAAAACAACAAUUUCACAAUUUAAUCGAUAACUUCACGAUGUUUGUCGGGUGUGGUCUAAGACUUAUACAAAGCAAGUAUUUAUGUGAUUUAAAUUUUAAUUGUGCUAUCACUGGAAUCAGAAAAUUAUGUUAUCAAGCGCCACCGACAAAAGAAAAGUUGUCGCACAAAAUAGGGUUUAUAGGUGACGGAAAUAUGGCUAAAGCUAUUUGUAACAGUAUGGUAAAAAAAGGUGUUGUACAAUAUUCGCAAAUUUACGUUUCAAGUCCCUACAAGAAAAACCUGCACGUUUGGGAAACAUGGAAAACAAACGUUAGUUUAGACAAUGGCGACGUUGCAGAAAAAGCAGAAAUAAUAUUUAUUGCUGUAAAACCGCACAUGUUACAAGAAGUAAUGGACUUACUGAUAACGAAGAGAAAAGACCAAAUCAAGAAUAAACUUUUUGUAUCAGUUUUGGCCGGCGUAACAAUAUCUUCCCUAGAAAAGUUUAUAAGCAAUUUCGAAAAAUGUCGAGUGAUCCGCGUAAUGCCCAACACACCCAUGACGGUAGGAGAGGGUUGUACAGUGUACACCCCGGGUCAAAACGUUACUGAAGACGAUAUUUCGAACGUAAUAACAAUUUUAGAAAAAGCAGGUAUGUGUCGAAGGGUGCCCGAGUAUAUGAUCAACGCCGUUACAGCCCUUAUAUCAAGUGGGCCAGCAUUCGCUUAUUUGAUAAUAGAGGCCCUGUCAGACGGAGCAGUCAAAAUGGGCGUGUACAGAGAUAUUUCGACAGAAAUGGCCGCCCAAACGGUACUGGGGGCCGCUAAAAUGGUACUCAAGUCACAAAAACACGUUGGAGACCUAAAAGACGACGUGUGUUCAGCUGGAGGUACGACCAUUGCUGGGAUACAUGCAUUAGAGAAAAAAGGAGUUCGGGGCGCAUUGAUGGACGCUAUUGAAGCUGCCACAAAACGAGCCGACGAGCUCGGACAAAAAGCUAAGGAUCAGUAACUGGAAUUGUUUAUUUAUAUACAAAAAACGAACAAUACAUGUGACAAUAAAUAAGAAUCCUAUAUUUAAAUUCUGAAA